AUGGUCUCCAUUUCCAGCCCCAUGGACAUCACAUACUGCGAAGGGGCACGUCUUCUACAAGACUCACAAGCAGACCUCGAGGCGAUCCUGGUCCAACGUCCCAAUGGCAACCUCACCUGCAAACAUUGUUACCUCGUCAUCGCCGACACCGAUAACCUAGGGUCCAUCUCGACCGACAAGGACUGGCCACUGGUUGUGAGCUGUCAUGUUCAGGCAUGUGCCUCGCUGCACGAUAGACAUGCUGCAUACUCGUGUUAUGCCUGCCUUGAGAGAGGGAAGACAUCCAUCGAGACCUCAGCUGCGGCGCUGAAAACCCACCUUCAAUCCUGUGACCUGAUCAAAGAUAUCCAACCUACCAAGCCUCAGCAACGGCAAGCAUCCGGCAGAGAAGAACAGGUCCCAGCUCCAGCUAUCCCCGAAAGGCCUAAACGCAGUUCUCGUCCAGCACCAGCAUCGGAGGCGACGGUAGCAACGCCCGAGAGACAAACGGCUCGAAGCAACGUGGACUCAAGUCAAAACCCUAGCAGCCGACGACCUGUUCCCUCGAAUCCAUUCUGGCCUGCUCCAGCCGCAGCGCCUGCUGCCCCAAACAGCCCUGUCACACCCAAGCAACCUCACCCGAACGAUGUGUCGGCGGCACAAUUCCCACCGCCGCGGUCGAGGAGAGAGGUCCCGGCACAAGCAGUGAGAGCUAGCCAACCCUCGAAUGCACCGCUACCAGAGCAGACUGAGGCGCCCUUCCGUCCUCAUGCGGAUGCAUCAGACGCCUUUAAUGUUCCAGGCGGAUUUCCGCCUCACGACGCUGCCGGCCAUAACGCUCGCAGCCCGUUUUUCCAAGACUUUCCACCCACGCCGCCGCCGCACCGAGCGUCCAACUCGAUGGACCAAACCGCCUCGCCGAUCCGGAGGAAGGACGUCAAAUUGGAGCCCAGUUCACUGCCGUUCGCGGAGUCUCGAGAGGAUCGAUCGAUGCCGACGCGACCGACUCGAGCACCUCCUGCGCCACCGGUGUUGUCCGCGCCAGGGCCAGGCUCGGUUCCACGCUCUGACAUGCGGCCAGCCCAGUCCGACGUGCCGCCUUUCCAAAACACUGUUAGCAACGGAAUGGAACGUGGACAGGGUCAGCAAAUCCCGCGCGCUGACCCCGCGAUGGUCCAGCAACUGGCAGCCCUGGGAAUCAGCAGAGCCAGGGCCGAGUUUCUGCUCAACCAGACGGGAGGGGACGUGAAUGAAGCGGCAGAACUGGGGUUCUCGGAGCAGCAAGGUAGUCUGGCCAGUGGUAACCCAUGGCUACCAACGGCGGCCACGCAGGCAAUGCAGCCUGAGUCCGUUCCUGCAUCUCCCGGUGUCGACAGACGCAAUCGACGGUCAAAGUAA